AUGGCCCUCCGCUUCCGCACCCCCUACAUCGAAGACCUGCCCACGACCCAAACCAAACAAGCCCCAGGCUUCGCCUGGGUCGCCGUCUCCAGCAGCGACCCCUCCAGGAACUGGGGCACGACCAACCGCAAACGCCAGCGCGCCUCCGGCGUCGGCGGGCAAAGCGACAGCCAGCGCGAAGCGCUCUCCGCGCGCCAACAGCGGGAAGUCGAGCGGAAGAUCAAGGAGCUGAACAGCGAGGGCGUCGGGGCGAAGGAGGUUGUCAUUCCGAAGAGUAGCGGUAGCAGCGCUGCCGGGGGUGUCAAAGUGGGCAAGACGAGCAAUACGAAGAAGAUUCUGGGGAGUGGCAAGGUGUUCGCGCAUUAUCUUGAUGAUGAGGAGGCGGAGAUUGCGAGGACGGGGGGGAGGGGGGAGGAGGUUGUGGGGACUGUGGUGGUGCAGGGUGCGCAGCGGGCGAGUAAGACGCCUAUUGCGAGGCGGAAGAGUUCGCAGUUGGUUAGGGAGGAGAGCAGUGCAGGGAGUCCGGCGCCGAGUCUAGCGAAGGAGACGUCGACAUCUACACCCGUCCCGGACGCUAUGGAUAUCGAUGCCGACAACGACAACAACGACGGAGACGCAGACGAUGAAAAUCUCCCACCCCUCCCCACGCAAGCCGAAAUGGACUCUUUGCUCAACGCACCGCCCUUGACGUACAACCAGGCUCGCUCGGCGCCUCCUCCACUUGGUGCCCCGCCGCCGCGACGGUUCUGCGAGAUUUGCGGGUAUUGGGGACGCGUGAGGUGUAUGAAGUGUGGGAAUAUGACUUGUAGUGUGGUGUGUAAGGAUGCGCAUGAUGAGAAUAAGUGUUUGAAGUUUUAUGCUUGA